AUGGCCCCCGUCACCGCUCCCCGACAGACCCGCGCUAGUCGCGUGUUCCAUUUUCGCAGAGCUCUUCAGGCAAGAGAAGACGACUAUGGGAGUGGCUUCGCCGACGAGAACUCAUUUUUUGACACACGGACCAAGAUCUACAGCAAACGAGCCCUCGACGGCCACGUCCGUCAGUUGGGCACCGGCGGGGACAACCUAUCGCUCACCUUCGAGGAAAGAUCGGUGAUCGCGUUUCGUGCGAGCUCACCGCCGCAAGCGCCGAGAGUUGCACUCGCGUCUCCAGUUGGCGACGGACCUCCGUUCUCGUUUGAUCUGACCUCGGACGGCACCGGUGCAGGCCAGUCCUCGCAGUCGCAGUCCUCCGAGACGACAACAAAGAGCUCCACCACCGCGAAGUCGACGUUCACGACUUCCAGCCCUGCUCCAGCCAGCUCUACGUCCUCCGCUGGUGCGUCGACAUCCCCCACGGACACCGCGAAAGUGACUUCGACGUCCUCCGAGUCUCAGAGCAGCGGCGUCUCUUUGGCCGGUUCCGCGUCGUCCACCGCCACCACCACGCCGAACUCAUCCACGUCGAUGUCGGCUUCUACGGGUAGCUCGGUGCCAACCAACGGGGUGCUUUCCUACGUUUCGACGGGCGGUGCCAACAAGGGGACCAUCGUGGCUGGUGUCGUCGGUGGCAUCUUUGCGCUGCUUCUCCUUCUCUUCGCCGCCGCACUGCUUUUCUAUCGUCGACGUGAGCGUUUGCGCCGGAAGAGCGCGCUCUCGCGAUUCGAGCCUAUGGCAUUCACUUCCGGCGACCCCGCUAUCAAUUCUGCGACACUCGCCAACACCUUCCCGCCGACUCCUGAGUUGUCGCCACAGGUCGGCCAGCCUCCGCCUCGCCGCGGCCUGGAGGUGUCGCCGUUCAGUGAUGCAUAUGCGAUCGGACGUUUCUAA